UCAGAGGCGGGCUCGGGCAAGCACUUUCAGCUUUUAAGCCCAAACAGAUGAGUUGCCUGCAGUUUUGGAGGCCUUCAGAGCAUUUCACUAGACCUCUGUCUGUGUCGGUCCAGUGUCUUUAGCCAAGCUUUGAUUAAAGAUGACUUCCUUGUUUGCUCAAGAAAUUCGCCUUUCUAAAAGACAUGAAGAAAUAGUAUCACAAAGAUUAAUGUUACUUCAACAAAUGGAGAAUAAAUUGGGUGAUCAACACACAGAAAAGGCAUCUCAACUCCAAACUGUUGAGACUGCUUCUAAAAGGAACCUUAGUCUUUUAAAGGAUAUAGAAGCAGCAGAAAAGUCACUACAGACCAGGAUUCACCCACUUCCACGGCCUGAGGUGGUUUCUCUUGAGACUCGUUACUGGGCAUCAGUAGAAGAAUAUAUUCCCAAAUGGGAACAGUUUCUUUUAGGAAGAGCACCAUAUCCUUUUGCUGUUGAAAAUCAAAAUGAAGCAGAAAAUACCAUUCAAAAUGAGGCACAGCGAUAACUUCUUCACAUGCUAUUUCAAAAACCCUGUUUAAUAAAGCUGAAUGUUAAGGUA